CCAGCUAAUAUGGCUCUUUGUAGAUAGAGUCCAGCCAUUGGCGCAUAGAUACCUUGCCUACUGUUUCAACACCAAAUACCUAUUUAAACUCGCGUUACCAGCCAAAACGAGCAUUGUUUGGCUUUACUACGAUGACGUCAGUAUAGCUGAGCCCCGCGCUAAAGAUCACGAAGCUGGUCAACCUGAAUAGAGGCCCAGAUUCCAAGACUCCAAGUUUUAAUGGGCAACAGCUCACGUACUAUCUGGACUGGUUUUACAAGCAGGGUAUUAUUAUUGAAUUCAAUCUCAAAUACAUUAGCCAAUACAUAAUACUUGGAGAGACAGUUUCGCUUUUCAUCACUAUGCCUCCCUCUAAUGAAGACAACGCUAUGCGAAAUUCGGAGACUGACAGUGUUCAAGUCAGUGAUUUUACACAACCCCCUGAUGCUGCAUUUGAGAACGAAGUCCAGAACUCGGAAGAAUUAAAAUACAACAACGAUGUUGAGGAUGGAAACGAGGCCGAGAACAGACAUGUGGACAAUGGCAGCAAAGAUACAGACGCAGCAGAUGCAAGCGCACUACAAUAUCCCUCCAUUGAUAAUCUCAAGUUCGAUAAUAUGCCAGAUAGUGCUAUCAAUGCAGAAGAUUUAAGCCCGUCCGAUUGGCGAAAUAUUAUCAACACUAAUAGACUUCUGCACGGCUUUCAAAUCCGAGAGGUGAAUCAGGAUAUUGUUCGUGCCAGAAUGAAUGCCUUUGUGCUUCAUAGCUCCAAGACAGGGUCCGAGGAUCCCUGUUUCCAAGUGGAGGAUGGAUCGAGUAUAGACGUCCAGGAGACGAAAAACGCAUUUCAACGGUCCCUUGCCCAUAAUGCAUUCUCCAGACAAUGCAUCGAGUCGAAUGUUUCCGCCGGCGAUUUCGGCAUUAUGCUAGGCGUGUCGGGGAAACGGGAGCGCGAGUCGUCGUCAUCCCAAACAUCGGGCACAACGUCGCGUAACCAAGAGUACUAUGCGACUUUUAACUUUCCACGGACACGUGUAUUCCUUGACGAAGAGGAGCUGCAACUUUCAGAACGGUGCAAGACCGCAUUGGCCGAGAUUAAGGAGGAUCCAGUGUAUACGCGACUUCAGAGAUUCUAUAAGCUUUUCGGCCACAUUUUUGUCACAUCCGUUUUGCUUGGAGGGCAGCAGACAUCGUCGAAAUUUGCAGCCGCGCUCAAUAACACUGCCGACGAGCUUCAGCAAGAUGCACUGCGCAACGCUAUUGGUGUCCAGCUAAAUGCCAAAUACGUCGCCACAUCAGCAAAGUUUUCUAGUGAAAAGGGUAAAUCUUCAUCUUCCAAUGAACAACAAAAUAGUUCUCUAUCACAAUUGGGAAUGCGCGCAAGGGGAGGAAACACUCUCUGGGGUUCAGACGUUUGUAAAUGGUGCCAAACAGUCGGUCCGUUCAAAAACUGGCGCGUCAUUGAGAAUGAAACUGCAGUGCCUAUUCAUGAUCUGAUAGGAAAACUUCCAGGCUGGGAGCAUAUCCCUGCAUUAUUCAAAGCUAUAAUUGGCAACAGAGAGGCCAUCCAUCGACCCUGGAGGCGAAGGCUAUCAUUCUUAUUAGAUGGGAAGCCUCUUUGUUGGAUCAGUAAUGAUGGAAAGACCAGGCUCUGUCCAUCAAAAGAUCCUCUGGCUGAAAGAGCGAUAUUUAUUGUCUCCUCAGCUAAUGGACUUGAGGAUCAGAGUUUGAAUGAAUGGAGAGAAAGUGUAGGGGUUGACUUUAGUCAAGAACUCAAGCACAAACUAAUUCCGGACACGCCACUGAUUUUUAAGAGCUAUCUUCCCCAGGACGUCAGCGAAGCAACUCCGCGUGCUUCUCUACCGCCGAUGGUAGGAGUUGAAAUGACACACGAAACAAGAGGAGCGCUAUCACCCAGCAUCCCCGUUUUAUCACCAGCGAGAACGUGGCGGUUUUCUUUGCGUCGAAUCAGCGAACUUGGACAGUGGAACCCAGCGAAAAACGCCCGUCCUGAGAGUCCUGGAAUCAUGUCUGGCGACAAAGUGAAGCUGUUCUGUCAUUCCCUAGGCCUUGGUCCCUUUGCUACAUUCCUAUCACCCCCAUCAUCUGCCUGCGCCGCGACCUGUAGCGAUGAUUUGAUCACUUUCGGUAUCCCACAAAACAUCAUCUCCCCUGAGAUUCAGCAGCUGGUGUACCUUUAUGACAGCUACAAGUUAACUCGGGGCGACAUGGAUGCCUUUGAGAAAAUGGGUUUCAUAUCUACAGCAGAAUUCGCUCCAAAAUCCCCCGAGAUGACUACCAAGGGACAGGAACGAGACCUUGGCUUCUCAGCUGAGGUCUCGGCUGGGGCCUCAAUUGGGGGGGCUUCGCUUGGGGUCGUAUGGGAGUUACCUUCAGUCAAGGAGUAUACAAUUGUGAAAGGGAAGAAGUAUCGAGUCGAUUAUAAAAAGCUGCAGGGUGAACCCUUGAGAUCUGCCCCGCUUGACUGGAGCAAACAACGGCAUGAGCUCGAAAGGCAGUCACUUACAAAAUCCGAAACAAUGGAAAUUUCCGAGCCUGUUAUUCUAACAGUACUCUUUGAGUAAAAAAGUAUCUGCAGAAGGUAAAUUGGAAUUAAACUUACUAAUACAAUUGGCUGAGUGAAUAGCA